CCCCCGCCCGCCCUCCCUGCUCCGCUGCCGCCGCUGGUGCUGCGCUCCGGGCCCGGCGCCGUCUUCCCUCCGCUUCCCCUUUCCCUCGGCUCCGCUCGAGCCUGAAGCGGGCGCCGCGAUGGCUCCGGCCGCCGACCGGGAGGGUUACUGGGGCCCGCCGACCUCCACCCUGGAAUGGUGCGAGGAGAACUACGCCGUGUCCUCCUACAUCGCCGAGUUCUGGAACACAGUGAGUAACCUGAUUUUCAUUCUACCUCCAAUCUAUGGUGCGAUUCAGACCUAUAAAGAUGGCCUUGAAAAACGGUAUUUAGCUGCGUAUUUGUGUCUUACAGCUGUGGGAUUGGGAUCUUGGUGCUUCCACAUGACCCUGAAGUAUGAAAUGCAGCUGUUGGAUGAACUGCCAAUGAUAUACAGUUGUUGUGUGUUUGUCUACUGCCUGUAUGAAUGUUUCAAGUACAAGAACACAGUCAAUUAUCCGCUGCUUUUCUUUUUAAUAACAUACAGCUUUGUAGUCAGCAUAGUUUACUUAAAUUUGAAAGAGCCUGUAUUCCAUCAGGUCAUGUAUGGAACACUAGUUUCUAUUAUAGUUCUACGAUCCGUUUAUAUAGUAUUAUGGGUAUACCCAUGGCUUAGAGGUCUAGGCUAUACAUCUUUAACUGUAUUUUUAAUGGGAUUUUUUCUCUGGAAUGUGGACAACAUUUUCUGUGAUAAAUUGAGAGCACUACGAGAGAAGAUGCCUCCUGUGAUGGGAGCUGUGACACAGUUUCAUGCAUGGUGGCAUAUUCUCACAGGCCUGGGUUCUUACCUUCAUAUCCUGCUAAGUUUAUACACAAGGACACUUUUCCUGAAACACAGACCAAAGGUGAAGUUUGUUUUUGGAAUAUGGCCUGUUCUUCUUGUGGAGCCACCCAAGAAGCUUUGAUUGAGCCCUGGGCAGUCGCAUGAGAUCACCUAGCCUGGCUGAAUAAAGCAUUUCAACAGUUA